CUCACGAGUUAUGGCUAAAUCCAUGUGUCGUCUCUUGGCGUCAUUUCUCCGAUUGGUCAAAUUUUUUAUAAGAGACGAAAAUUUAGUGUGCAAUUUCUUUACCUGAAGACAGUGGAAUAUUUGCCAAAAGAAGAAAAAAUGAAAUCUGUUUUUGUGUCUUUCAUCUUCAUCCUCACUUUGAUCACUCCUCACUUCCCCAGUUCAGCCUCUCUUCCUUUCAUUGUCAUCCAUGGGAUUGGACAAGAUUGUAGAGUUAAGAAAGUUUCUGAGCUCAUUAAGCAGUUAAGCCAUUGGUCAGCUACUGACGGAUAUUGCAUAGAAAGUAGCCACGGAAAACUGAGCUCCUGGCUUUUACCCCUGAAGGAUCAGGCGGCGAUUGCCUGCAGCAAGGUGAAGCAAAUGAAGGAGCUUAGUCAAGGUUAUAACAUUAUCGGUCUCUCUCAGGGGAAUUUAAUCGCAAGAAGCAUAAUUGAGUUCUGUGAUGGAGCACCAAAAGCAUAUAACUUCAUUUCAUUAGCAGGGCCACAUGCUGGAAUAGGUUCACCACCUUUCAACCUUUUUAUAGGGGUGCACUUUGUAGCAGUAAAACUUAUCAAUUUUGGUAUCUACAGAAAAUUUAUCCAGAAAAAUUUGGCUGUCAGUGGUUAUAUCAAAAUCCCAAAUAAUAUUCCUUCAUAUCUUGAAAACUCUAAAUUCCUUCCGAAGCUUAAUAACGAAAUACCAAAUGAAAGAAGCUCGAUCUACAAAGAAAGAUUCAAAAGUUUAGAGAACUUGGUGCUUAUUAAGUUCGACAAUGAACACGUUCUAAUUCCAAAAGAAACCUCAUGGUUUGGGUAUUACCAGGACCAUUCCUUCCGUAGUGUGCUACCUGCCAGAGAGACGAAGCUUUUCGUUGAAGAUUGGAUUGGUUUAAAAGCACUAGAGGAAGCAGGGAAGGUAACGUAUGUAACUUUACCAGGAGAUCAUCUAGCAAUCUCAGAUGAUGGUCUGAAAAAAUACAUUGUGCCCUUCUUGAAGAACAAAGACUUGACAUGGCAUAACGCAACACCACGCGUACUUGUGCCUGACCUGAAACCGAUCUUAUUGAGGAUAAAAAGGCAAUGUCCUAAUGACGUGCAGGUGAUAAGACGGUAAUACCUCCAUGACAUUUCCAGAUCUUAGAUAGUUGCCAUCACAAUAUAUAGUAUUUGUAUUAUAGUUAAGGCUCCUGUGAAGGUUUAUCAUCUUAAUAAAUUUUGUGUUUCAAUACUGA